AUUAUGGCACCCUCGCGUAUCCUCGAAGCCACAGAAGCUUCGCAGGAGAGUGAGUCUGGAGUCAAGGUCCAGACCAACGGCAAAAGCGAGACAAACACAACCAACGGCACCAGCAACGAUACGCAAGACGAUAUCAGGGGCGACUCAGCCGACAAGAAGGCUGAUACGAAUGGCGACACCAAGAGCGACGACUCAGAGGAGGACGUUGACCCAAAGAAAAAGGUCGAUGCUGCAGAGCCUAUGAAGGCAGAAUUGAAACACUUGGAUCGCAAGUACAGCGAGAAGCAUCAGUGGUAUUAUGCCGAGACUGUGGAGGACAACGCAGUUCCAGAUCAGGUCGAUUGGUGGACGAAGUAUGUUUUGUGCAUCACAAGAUACAUGUCAGAGGAUGGCAAGCGCGUCCAAAAAGUAGUCGUCCAGAUCAACUCACAGCACCUCAAGGACCUUCUCAAGCAGGCCAUUGGCUCCUACCCUGGCGUCAAUCUCGACACAAAAGACAUCGCUCUGACCCAACCAUGCCGCCUUCUCUACCACUACUUCGAUGAGAUCAAGGAGCACGGCGAGAGAUUUGAGGCUGGCUCUGAGGCAGCAGCUCACUAUAAAGUCCUUCUCGAUCACAUCCAAGAAGAGUUUGGAGAGACUAUCCAGGAAGCCAACAACCUCCGCGAGCAAAAAGUCAUGACAUACCAGCAUCUGUGGACUAUUUUCAAGCCCAAGACUGUUGCUUUUGCACGCGUUCUUGGUCAAGUUCAGGCUUUCCGUGUGCUUGACUCGCACUACCAAUGUGGUCAGCAGCCUCGCAUGGUUCUCCAAAUGCAGCGGGUAGACUUUGACGGCAAGCGCUUUGGCUACUGGAAUGAGAACAUGGCUAUUCCUGCAUAUCUAGGAGCUGUUUCCCUCAGCAGGCUUGAUGUCGUCUCUCGUGACUUCUUUCCUCAUGUUGAGGACGUAGAGGAGCGCCUUAUUGCUAGAGGUCGCCGCUUCGAGCAGUAUGCCGGUAUACACUUCGCUGAGCAUGCCGCCAUCGCUUUAGAGCACGUCUACAAUAGCUCUCGUGGUGACUACGACGUCAACCGCGUACACAUUAGCGAAAGAGUCGUUGUGGAUUGCUUGACACACCACCGUCUCAACCCUGACCUUGCCAAAAAUGUCCACGCUUUUGACGAUGAGACCAUCACUCUUGUCCGAGAUACCCACAACAACAAUAACGAUUCUGACGACGACUCCGACAACGAUAGCUACAGAAGCUACGAUUCGGACGACGACGACAGUGAUGACGACUCCACAAAGCGCUUUGAUACCGACCUCCUGCCCACUACCAAGCAAACCUUCAAACCCCUGACAGACUCUCAAUGUCUCCUCGCCUCCGCCCUUGUCCAUGGUUUCUCCUUCACACACAAAAAGUGGAUUGACAUGUUCAUCGACAAUCUCUCCGCCGUAACCUGGAAUGAAUCAUGCUUUGACCAACUCGUGCUCGCCCCAAAGCAGAAGAAACUCGUCCAAGCCCUGGUUACCGAACACAUCUGCCAGAAACCAGACUUUGACGACAUCAUCAAGGGUAAAGGCAAAGGAUUGGUGUUUGUACUGCACGGUNNCCCCCCUGGCGUGGGAAAAACACUUACUGCAGAAUGUGUGGCCGAACGCUGUAAACGCCCUCUCUACGUCGUUUCUUCAGGCGAUCUGGGAACAGACUCCUUCACCCUGGAUGAGAGACUGACCAAAAUCUUGGAUAUGGCGAGUACAUGGCGCGCCGUCCUUCUCAUCGACGAAGCAGACAUUUUCCUCGAACGCCGCUCUCUGCACGAUAUGGAACGAAACGCCCUCGUGUCCAUUUUCCUCAGAGUGCUGGAAUACUAUCAGGGAAUCUUGUUCUUGACUUCCAACCGCGUGGACACCUUUGACGAUGCAUUCAAGUCUCGCAUCCACGUUCCUCUCAAAUACACUGGUCUGGACACCUCUUCGCGCAAACAGAUCUGGAAGAAUUUCCUCGACAAGGCGGAGGGUGAUGCUGUUGAUGAAGACGGGAUUGAGAAGCUGGCUCUGCAUGACUUGAAUGGCAGACAGAUCAAGGGUAUUGUUAGGACGGCUACCAGUCUUGCGAGAUACGAUAACAAGAAAUUGGAUCUCGAGACAUUGGAGCAGGUUGUCGAGAUCCAGAUGGACUUUGAGAGGGAUCUCGUGGGAGAUGGGCAGUAG